AUGACAACUCCGACUUUGGAGUUACCCUUAUCAUCAUCAGUCGCUACUCCUUUGGACGUUUCUCAGUUCCAUCACACCCCUAAUUACUGUGAGGAGAAUGUGUACUUGCUUUGCAAGAAACUAUGCGCAGGUGGGGCAGCAGAUAUGGAGGGAUCUGAUCUAUUUGUUGUUUUCAUUACCAAUGAGAAGAAGCAGGUUCCACUGUGGCAUCAGAAGGCAAGCCAAAGAGCUGAUGGCAUUGUUCUUUGGGAUUAUCAUGUCAUCUGUGUUCAGGAAACAAUUACUGUACAGAGAAAAAAAGGCGAGAACUCCACUCCUCUAGUGUUGGAUUUAGAUUCAACUCUUCCAUUUCCAUCUCCUUUACCUUCAUACAUUGCAGAGACUAUCCAACCAUCUUUUCAGCUAUUUUCUGACUUUAAGAGGUUCUUCCGGAUUGUGCAUGCUCCAAUAUUCAUCCGUUCCUUUGCAUCUGAUAGAAGACACAUGAAAGAUUCUGUAGGAAAUUGGAUUUCUCAACCUCCAGCAUAUGAACCCAUAGUUGCCGAAGAUGGAACUGUGCACAACCUAAAUGAAUACAUUGAGGUAUCCCCUGCUGAUGCGGCCAGAAGUAUUGGAGUUGACUUGAUUGAUGAAGUUUUUACUCAGAAACUAGGUGUGCUGGUGAGUGAAAAUCAAUUGGAGGAAUUCUUUUCCCUCGUGUGA